GGCAGUGUUGUAAAAACAGAUCAAGUUCAUGCGUCAUCACAAACACGGAAAAGGAACGGCGACGUAUCAUAACUUAUUGCGGGCUGUGAGAGUGUAGCUUCCGGCUCUUAAGUUGUUGGUUUGUCCAGAAAACCAUUUCAGUAUUAGUUGUUUGUGUAGGAAAAGACGCGAGGCGGUGACAUAUCGCGGAGAGCCAGGUGAACGUGUGCGUGGCUGCCUGUAUCUGUCGGUUUUAUGGUGCGGUUGGAAACGAAAGUUAACUGAAGAAGGCCCGUGAAGUCAUGGCUGACAGCAUGGACGAGGACAUGUCCGAUGAGCAGCUACCUCUCCAGCAGGACCUGACAUGCCCUGUGUGUCAGGGCAUCUUCCGGGACCCCGUUCUGCUCCCCUGUACCCACAGUUUCUGUCGGGAGUGUCUGCAGAGAAGUUUCCAGUUCAAUAAAACCUGUCCCGUCUGCAGGGAGGCGUUUCAGGAAGAGCAGGCCAUCUCCAACCGUGCGCUCAGCAGCGCCUGCGACAGUUUUCUUAAACAGACAAACCUGCGGCCGAACCCGAUUCGCCGCAGCGAGGGAAACUGUAACUUGCACCUGAGGCCUCUGGAGCUGUACUGUGAGAAGGACGAGGAGCCUUUGUGCGUGGAAUGCGUCACUCUCCACAGUACGCACCGGCUGUUUUCCCUGAAGGAGGGAGUGUCGAUAUGUAAGAGGGAGCUCAGCUACAAAGUCAAGAUCUUUGAAAAGAAAGUGGAAACGUACAAGAAAAUGACACGGAAAUUCAACAAUUCAGUGACAUACAUCAAGAAUCAGGCUGGGGAAGCAGAAAAACUGAUCAAGGCUGAGUUUGAGAGACUCCGCGAGGCGCUGGUCACAGAAGAAAAUCUGCGUCUGCAAGCGCUGGCCACGGAGGAGCAGGAGAAGACUGCCGCCAUAGCGGAGAUGAUAAAAGACACAGAAAAAGACAUCAUUGCUCUGAACAAGCUCAUUGAGACACUGAAGAAAGAGAUGGGCAAUGAGGAUCUGCCCCUAGUGCAAAAUUUCUACAAUUUAAAAAAAAAAGCCCAGUGGGCUAAGGAGGAGCCUUGCAUUCCUUACGAUGGUCUUUUGAACAUGGGCGAACAUGUUGGCGGUUUGAGCUUCAAGAUAUGGAAGAAAAUGCAGGCCCAAGUCAAAUAUUAUCCAGUGUUGCUGGACCCAAACUCGGCCUCUCCGUGGCUGUCGCUGAGUCCUGAUCUGACCAGUAUGAAGGAAAGUUCAGAGCGGCUGACUGUCCCUGAUAACCCAGAGCGCUUUGACCCCUGUGUCUUUAUCUUGGGUGCCGAAGGCUACACCUCCGGGAAACACAGAUGGGAUGUCGAUGUCGGUGACAAUCCAAAGUGGAUUGUGGGGGUAUGCAAUGAGUCAGUGGCCCGUAAAAAGAAGUUCACUGUCUCAACAAACCGUGGUGUGUGGUCUAUAGGACUGAGCAAAGGGGUGUAUACCGCCCUGACUAGUGACCGUAUGGAGCUGCAGUUGCAUCCGCCUCCUGAAAAGAUUCGCAUCAAGCUGAAUAUCGAGAAAGGAGAAGUGUCCUUUUGGGAUGGGGGAACGGCAAAGCACCUGGUCACAUUGUCACACAAGUUUAAUGAGAGGAUAUUUCCUAUUUUUGGCCCUGGGCUUCAUAGUACACCUAUGGUUCUGGUUCCAGGAAAAAUGGCUAUACACACAUCAUGAAACGCUAAAAUGCUGCAGACAGAUGGUUUUUGACACGAAGGUGUUUGAUUGAAAGUGACAGUGAAAAAUAUUUUCAAAUAAAAAAAAAAAAAAAAAAAACAGGGCACAUUUAGCUCACCUUACCAAUAAAAACAGGACGAACUGCAAAGUUGAUGUAGAAAUCUGCUAAUGACGUUAGAUGAAACAUUAGAGUGAGAAAACACAUUUCAAGGAACAUGAGAAAAAGCAUACAUAAUAACACAGCUGUGCAUGAAAAUAAUCGAGCUGACCUUAAAAAUAAAAACAGUCUUGCGUGUUUGAAGAGCAUCUUCUGGAGUUAAUUGUUUAAACCCAACAUGAAACGUGAAGACAGCCAGGGAAGAAAGUCGGUGUAGUUUGGUCUCUCUCGAGUUUUGUCAACAGUGUUAAAAUACAGGAAAUUUCUAAAAACGAGACAUGAUCAAAGCGUGACAUUGAGUUUCUUGGGGUCGGCAUAAGAUACUGGAGAUAAUGUUUAGAUUUUGCGUUCUUGCCCGAAGGAAACUGAAUUGGACUGUUGCACAGACCAGGAAAGGGUUAAACCCCACGCUUUAUCAAUGGUGAAGUAAAGUUGGCUUAGGGAAACACAGAUUCAGUUCUUAAUGAGUGUGUGUGUGCAGGGGGGUGGUUUUUUGUGUGUGGAUACAUUUGGAUUUACUUUAUUUUCAUUAAGAAUCAAAGAAAUCAACUACUUCUGUGCUUGAAAAUCUGUUUUAAUUAGUUGUUUAAUUACUUUUAUAUGAUGGUGUUUUCAGCCGGAUCUGUUGUGGCUCAUUGGUUUGGAUAGAUGAAUUGCAAUCUUGUUUAUCAGUCACUAUACAAAGUGUUGCCAGGAAGUAGUCACACUCAGCAGGACUUAGCUUUGGCAAUUUAUUAUUGUUACCACUGAUGUCAAUCUGUAUGGUGUGUGAAAACAGAAUAUUCUGACUCUUCUUCAAUAAAAUAUUCUAAAAUCAAA